AGUCUACCCACCAACAAACACAAAUCACAAAAAAGGAAAACACCCACCAAAUUCUUUCCUUUUUUUCCCUUCCUCUAGCCCAAAAAAAAAAAAACCAAAUUGUUUGUAUAAAUAUUAGCAAAAAUGACAGGAAUAGUACAAUCACCACCACAGUUGUCUUCAUCUUCAAGCUCUAUAACAUGUGUACAAUCGUCAGACAAUGAUGGGUCACACCAACAGACCCAUUUAAACAACGGUACCUUUAUUAGCAGUCCCGCUUCGUAUUCUGGAGAUGUACGCAGGAGAGAUACAGAGGUAGAAGAAAAUAACCAAGAAGAGGGUGGUGGUGGUGGUAGAGAAAGAAAGAGGAGAGGGAGGGAAGAGGGAGAUCAGCUGUCUCUGUUGGCAGUUUUGGUGACUGUGUUUAGGAAAUCUCUGGUUUCUUGUAGGAGUGAGAGAAUUGAGGAGCUAUCUUCUUCAAUGGAGAUUGGGUUGCCUUCAAAUGUCAAACAUAUUGCCCAUGUCACCUUUGAUCGCUUCAAUGGCUUCCUUGGUCUACCUGUUGAGUUUGAACCUGAAGUUCCAAGGAGGCCUCCAAGUGCCAGUACAAGUGUUUUUGGAGUUUCGACAAAGUCUAUGCAGCUUUCAUUUGACUCCAGAGGGAACAGCAUUCCUACAAUACUUCUGAUGAUGCAAGGACGCUUGUAUGCACAAGGGGGUCUUCAGGCAGAAGGAAUUUUCAGAAUUAAUCCUGAGAAUGGCCAAGAAGAGUAUGUUAGGGAACAACUAAAUAGGGGAGUGGUACCAGAUGACAUUGAUUUGCACUGUUUAUCAGGUCUCAUAAAGGCUUGGUUUAGAGAACUACCAAAUGGGGUGUUGGACUCGCUCUCGCCAGAGCUGGUCAUGCAGGCCCAAUCUGAAGAGGAGUGUGCUCAGCUUGUGCAACUCCUACCACCAACCGAAACUGGUCUGCUGGACUGGGCAAUUAACCUGAUGGCCGAUGUUGCUCAACUUGAACAUCUGAACAAAAUGAAUGCACGCAAUGUAGCUAUGGUGUUUGCACCAAACAUGACUCAGAUGUCGGAUCCUUUGACUGCAUUGAUGUAUGCAGUCCAAGUGAUGAAUUUUCUCAAGACUCUUAUUGUCAAAACAUUAAGAAAAAGAGAAGACUCCACAGUAGAACCAGGUCCUAUAUACCAGUUAGAGCCGUUGGAUGAAAUUGGACAACAUAGCUCUCUGCAACCACUAACUGAACGGCGUGAUGAGGUGAAGGAAGACGAGGAGGCGUUUGUAGCCAAAGAACCACUCUCAGAAAGCCCGGCUCACCCCACUCAUGGUCACUCAAAAACAGACACUGAAACUCAUGGUUUUCUCACUUCUAUUGAGAACAUCAUUCCUGGUGAAAAGGGGAAACCGGUUGAUAAUUGCGCUGGUGAAGUUUCAAAUGAAGUUGAUGCAAUGAAGGAUGGACUUGAAGGAAGAGCCAUCAUGGGAAGUGGAGGGGCUCAACUUAGAAUUCGUAGAAUCAAAACUGGCCAGUCAAGUACCAUCAAUCUCAGGAAAGGAUCCAGAAAACUUCAUGAGCAUCUUGUGGUUCGUGUAGCUGGGCAUGUAGAAAAGAGCAAGGAAACCAGCAGCAUUACUACCUACCAACCAACCAAACCAAGCCUUACCUGCAGCAUUACUAGUCGUUUAAAUUCAAGAACAUAACUUAUUGAAGCCUGGCAGUAAGGCAUUGUAUUUUGCAUUGGAGUGGGGUUGAGUGGAGGUACUUUCUGGCCAGUGGAACAUGACAGUGCCUUGUUUUUCUUUUGGUACUCAGCCUUCCCCUCCUAAACUUGUUAACGGGGACUAAACUGGGGUGUGAAUGGUUCAUUAAUGUAUGUUUCUGGAUGAGGUUUCUCAAGUUUGUUUGUUUAAAUGCAUUUGUGUAACUUUUAAUGA